CUUGAGGCUAGUUGAUGCUCGGGCCGGUUGGAGGGAGGCGAAUAAAACUCGCACGAGGACCUGUUCUCGUCACAUAUCCGUUAGUGUGAAACGUGCAUCAUCGCCGAUGGAGAGCAUCAGAUAGGCUAUUCAAGCAUCUUUCAUGCUUUUAAAACAAAAAAGAAGAAGAAGAAGAAGAAGCAAAAACAAACGACGCCACAGUAAAAUAUAGUUAUCAAUCGGAGUCUCUUCGCCUUUGUUCACUUGGCUCCUUGCUCGUGCGCAGCGUUUUCUCCUGCACUGUCCUCCGCGGGGACACUUUUUUCCCCCUCAUCAAUGUUAAGCAACCGGUCAGCGUAGCCUCCUUCCCGCGUCCAUCUCCUGCACGUCGCGAGCACGCGGGGGUCUCAGCUCACUGCGGCGCAGGAUUGGUUUAAAGGGGAAAAGGGAAGCCAUGGGGACGCGGUGCUUGCCAUGGAUUCUGACUUACACGCCGCAUGCACAGUCCACGCGCAUCACCGUGGUCGCAGUUUGAGCGCGUGGUUUGCGUUUCCUUUUUCCCCCCUUACGACUGGGAUGGUGGUGUCAGUGCUGUGAGUGACGAGACCUGCAGCGGACCGGACUGAGACGGACCGGACAAAACACAGCGAGAGGGAAGGAGGAGAGAGAGAGAGAGAGAGAGAGGUCGAAGGGGGACAUAUUGAUAAGAAGGGAUUAUGGCGCUCGCCGCGCUCGCGCUCUUUCUGCUCGCGCUCACCUGUGCGAACUUUUACCUGGCGCGCGCGAGCCGGCACGCGGUGCACUGGAACAGCUCCAACAUCCAUCUGAGGAGGGAAGGCUACACGCUGAAGGUGAACGUGAAUGAUUACCUGGACAUCUACUGUCCUCAUUACAACGUGAGCCAGCGGGGCGUGGCCGAGCAGUACGUGCUCUACAUGGUGAGCUACCGCGGCUACCGCACGUGCGACCCUCAGCUCGGAUUCAAGCGCUGGGAGUGCAACCGGCCGCACGCGCCACACGCGCCCAUCAAAUUCUCCGAGAAGUUUCAGCGCUACAGCGCCUUCUCGCUCGGCUACGAGUUCCACGUGGGCCACGAGUAUUACUACAUCUCCACGCCCACUCAUCACCAUGGCCGCAGCUGCCUGAGACUGAGAGUCUACGUCUGCUGCUCAACAGCAGCUGAUGCAGAGGACGAAGCACAGCCUACAGAGCCAGACUACACUCUAAGACCUAACAUGAAAAUUGAUGACCUCGAUGAUUAUGACAACCCUGAGGUCCCGAAACUGGAGAAGAGCAUCAGCGGCAGCAGUCCAUCCAGGGACCAUCUCCUCCUCACAGUGGCCACGCUCUUCCUCAUCGCGCUCUCCAUCUCCUAGCACUCGCCUCCAGGAAGUCGCCAUGCCGCCGAGGCCUAGAGGACUGCAGGGGCGGGAUGUGAGAGAGGAAAAUGAGGACGAUGGAAGGACAAGCGUUUAAAAAAUUCAAGAGGAAAGGAACAGCGGGAACAGGACUAGCGAGAUGCUAAGGCCUUCUUCUGUUCGACAUGAGUAGAACAUGACUUUACAAUGACAACUUUGCCAAUCAGCUCGAGCCAUGCUGUCUGACAGCGUACGAGUGUGUGUGUGUGUGUGUGUGUGUGUAGCUGAAUGACUGUUCACACACAUGCUGUUUGCAAAUCAUUCAAGCGAAAACCUCCACUCAGUUUAAUUAUUUACUUUAUUAACUAAUGAAUGGCCGCUUAGCGAUGAAGCUGAAUUGAUGCUCAAGAUGAAUGAUGCAUUAACAUUCAAGUCAUUAUGGAUCAUUAACGGCAAAAAAAUUGUUUAUGUAAAACAAGGCUGAGGUAAAUGACACAGUGCUUUUUAAACAGCACCUAAGCUUCAUUCUUGAUUCAGUUCAGCUUCUCUCUCUCUCUCUCUCUCUCUCUCUCUCUCUAUCCCUCUCUCUUUCUCUAUCCCUGUCCCCCCUCUCUUCCGCCCUCCUCUCCCUAUCUCUCUCUCCCCCCCAUCUCUUUCCCUAUACCUUUCUCUCCCCCUCGAUCUCUUUUUCAAUCCUUCUCUCUCUUUGUUCCUCUCUCCUCUCUUUCUCUCCUCAUUCUCUUUCUCUAUUCAUCUCUCCUUCUCUCCUCCCCUCUCUUCCUCUCUCCCCCUUUCUUCCUCUCUCUUUCUCUCUCCUCUUUUUCCCUCAUUCUCUCUCUCCCUCUCUCUCCCUCUCUCUCUCUCUCUCUCUCUCUCUCAGUAAACCUGCAGGAUUAUCACGUUUACAGGAUUGCCUAAUGCCCUCAUUAUGCUGGCAGAUUUCAACGGUUAGACUUACAGAACAGCAGAAAGCUCAGUGUAGCUGUCAGGAUAGAAAGGUAGCGUUACCCAGAAUUUAAUUUUCCCCGUUUUUCAGAUUGAUCACAUGGAUUUUUAGUGCACAAAGGUUUGAAAGCAUAGAGACAGAAAAUUCCUAACUGCCACUGACCUGAUUACAAAUAUAUUACUACAAAUGUUUGUAAUAUUCCAAAACCCUUUUGUCCUUCACUUUGUUUUUCUUUAAGAGACUUGAACUUUUGGAGCCAUGAUGUUUUCACAAUCGAAGAAAAUACACAACAUGGACCUUGGCAAUCAGUAUGUGUGUGUGUGUGUGUGUGUGUUUCGAGCUGAAUUUGGUGCCUGUAGAAACAGUAGCGUAGGCUGGUGAUUCUGAAAUGCUCUGCUUUUCUCCACUGGACUGCAUUCUUUUCUAUCCCAAGCCGCUUUCUCCACGGACAAAUCCGUGUAACUGGAGGACACGUGGAAACGCAUGUACAUAAACACAAACAUAUGAUGGAUGAUUGGAUUUUUUUUUUUUGUCUGCACCAGUUCUUACAAGACCAGGAGAGCCCCGGAGCUGAAACACCGAACCCGGUUGAGAACCCUGGUCUCGACUGCGCCGCUUCCUGCUCGGCUUCAUCUGAUCAUAAACGCCUGUCAGUAGCCGCCGCUAAGCGGCUGUCUGUGUAACGCUCAGCUCAAACCCCUGGCUGUUGACAAGAGCGUUCCAUGUUUGGGAAUAAGACAAUAAAUACCACAUCGAGGACUUGACACAGGUCACACGCAGUUUAGCUAAUCGUACAUGCAGACACUGUAAGUGCUUCAGGUUCUGGUGUUCUGAGGGGAUUUUUUUUCUUUCUUCUUAUGACAUUCUUUCUCUUUUUACAUCUCGACUAGCACCUUACCGGCCCUGAGAUAAACCCAGGCCGAGCUCACAGUGCUGCAGCUCAACAGAACAGGCUCACAGUCGAGGAUUUCGCCGACGGAGAACCGAGAAUUCCUAAGAUUUAGAUUUCAGUAGGAUUUCAGUUAACGCGCUAAAUGAAAUCUAACGAGUACAUGUAACUUGCGAGGUGGGACGAUUUUGAUAUAUAGCAUCGAAGCCAAAAUGAGUUUUUCGAUUAGCUUUAGAUUAGCGGGAACUCAUCGAUGUCCACUCUGUACAUUCUGCUAAUGUGGUUACCAUGGUAACAUGCUGUCGUAGAGCAAAGAGUAAAAUGCUAAUGACUUGAAUGCUCAGUGUGACGUGGGACGCACGUCCUUUUUACCAACUUUGUUUUGACUUGUAUGUUGAUUUUCUUGUUGUGUAUUUAAAGGCUAAUGUGUUUGGCUCGGGUUUGUUUGGGGGAAGUGUGUGUGUGUGUAUGUGUGUGUGUGUGUGUUCUUUUCGGGGUCAUUACUUUUAUUUGCGGGUGGUGAAGUUAAGAAGAGCUGAUAGGGCAAAUGAUGAAAAAGUAUCAACUGUUGCACUUCAAAACUUAGACACGAGUUUGUGUGUGUGUGUGUGUGUGGCUUUCUUUAAGUUGCUGUGUAAAUGGUCAAAUAGACGAAACAUCGUGUUUCUUUAUACUGGCCGGUGUGUGUGUCAGAGAAAGGUUAUGUGUGUGUGUGAGAGAGAGAUUUUGAGUGUGUGUCUGAGGGAGAGAACAAUUUUGUGUGUGUGUGUGUGGCUCUGUUUGAGUUGUGUGUAAAUGGUCAAAUAGAUGACAGACAUUGUGUUUCUUUAUACUGGCCAGUGUGUGUGUGCACGUGUGUGAGAGUGUGUGUGUGUGUUGCUUGAUUGUGUGUUUUUGCCACGCAUGUGUGCAGGAGAGUCUGGGUCGUUUAGAAGAAACAACAAAAGCAUUUAUUAGUGUUGGAAACAACCAUUUAAAUCAUGUUUACCUUCGACUGGAAUGAAUUUAAAGAACUUGAAAACAAAUAAAGUGUAACAGACCGUAACAAAAGGUUAUAAUAAUAAUGAUAA